CCAACACUUUGAAAUGAUACUAGUUAAACUUGGCUUGGCUUAAUAUGAAAUUUUGGCUCAACAACUAACUUUUUAUGUGGAAUAUGUGAAUUGUCGGAAUCAAUUACUUAAUUAGUUGGAUGCGUAUUUUUUUGAAAACCUUAUUUGGUUUCAAUCAUUAAGCAAUUAGCAAUAAUUAGAUAAUAUGACAAACUUUUCAUUCUAUUUUCGAUUUUUAGUAGGUGUGUCGAGCCAAAUACGUGAUCAGAAAACAAACAAAACAUUAUUUGACAAGAGGACUUUUAACAAACACUUGAUCUGCAUUUCAGUAAACAUCAAUGGUGAAGAACAAGGCAUGGAGAAUAAUACCAAGACCCCUUCUCGAAACAGUCCUCAACAACCACGCUCAACACCACCGUGUCCCUCAACCCCUUUUUCUCCACGGCCCACGUGGCGUCGGAAAAACCACCCUCAUUCUUGAACGUCUUAUGGGUAAAUGGAACACUGGCCCUCAUAUCACAGGCUACGUGGACUUUGCCGAAUCCAUAAAAGAUCAUCACCCAGUUCAUGGCCAAUCAUUUCCAUGGGGUUCUUGGUCUAACUGUGAUCCUCCUUCGCUGCCUUUUCUUAGAAAUCAACUCGAAAGUUGCUUGGAAUCGAUGGCCCAGAAAGGUAUUAAGCUUGGAACUAUAAGUUCUCAUCAGAUUUUCACUGUUUUGAGUAAAUGGCAUGGGCUCAAUACAGCACUUAAACAGAUCCUAGAUGGUAGUAAUUCCAACCCUAGAAAGGCUGUUUCAGUUAGGAAUAAUUCAGUGUUGAGUUUAUGGGAAAGGGCGGUUUUUGCGUCAAGUGUUCGAUUAAAUGCCCAAGAGAAGGGUGGGUUGAGUUUGGAGGAGGAUACAUAUUAUAGGGAAACAACGGGGGCUUUGAAUUUGGCUAAAGAGGUUAUAAGGGUGCAGCAGAAGUGGAGAGCUAACGCGAUUAAGCAUUUGAAUCAGACCGGUGGGUUUUCAAGGCCCUUGGCCAAUUCAGCAACUGAUUGGCCCUGUUUGUUAUUGGAACUCCUUUCAUCCGCCGCUGAAAUAGAUUAUUUCCAGCCGAAGCUGGUGAUAAACAAUAUUGAAGUUCUAAAGAAUGCAAUACUGACGGAUGAUUCUACAGUCCGUGCAUCCUUGUAUCAUGAUAGUCUGAUAUGGAGAAUAAUAGCCUUGGGUGCAAAUGAGAGAUCUCUUCCAGUUAUUCUUGUAACAUCUGAUAGCUACUAUUCUUAUCGUGCCUAUAUGGAUUUUGGAUUUCCGGACAUUUUCAUCUCACGUGAGACUUUUGGGUGGACUCCUGCAGAAGCUAAAAUGCAUAUGGUUGAUGACUAUUUUAGUCAAUCAGAGUGGAAUGUGAUUGUUGAGGUGCUAGGACCAAAUCCAAGACAUCUAUUUGAGAUUUAUGCACUCAAGCUAAGUAAUUACUACCAAAAGGUCAUGAGUGAGAAGAGCAGUAAAUUUGAGGAUAUCGUGGACGCAUACUUGGCAUAUCUUCAAGUAACAGUAGUUAAUCCUGCCAUGGAUAGAGCAUUGUCACUUCUACAGAAGUUUGCAGUUGAUGCACGAAAUGGAAGAAUUUUGAAGGACAAGCUAAGUUUUGGUGCUCCGUGGAGACACCCUCCGUCUUCUGAUGAUCCUACAUUGUGUCGUCAAUGGGCUAAAAUUCAACUUAUGGACUUUGUUCAGUGUCUUGUGAAUACAGAAUUUGGGGUCAACUACCUAGCUGAUUGUAGUCUUGAAAUCUUUGAUGAUCCAUCUGCUAUUGCAUUAUUAGAGGUCGGUCUGCUUUAUUCACAACGGGAUCCAUCAUUCCUUCGUCCUGUUUCUCGGGGUAUUCAGAGAUGCCUUGUUAGAUGGCUUGUUCAAGAGCGAAUCCAACUGCACUCAAAGAGUUCACUCCAGUUUCUUUGGCAGCGAGUUAUACGUGGGCGUAGCUAUCGCCAUCUGAUGUUAGAAGUAGGAUACAAGUAGAGGUCAUUCAAGGGAUAUGGUGAAUUAAUUACUGUUGGUCAAGCUUUUUGAUGGAUAUAUGUUUACCUAAGGUAAUUUGGGGCCAGGCUCAUGGUUUACGAUGAUGAAGAUGCCCUUUGACCAUUAAAAGAAUUUGUACUGUUGGUUGGAGCUGUUACAAAUUUCUUAGGUGCAAUAUUGUUCUCAUUCAUCAUCUGUGAUCCUUUGAGUUCUUCCCCUCUUCG